GGUGCUCUAUGUCGUGUUGAAGGUGGGUUCACCGACACAAUUGCACAAGGAAACGCUUUCAUCCCCUCCUCCUCAAAACACGAACUUGAAAUCCGAGACGUGUUGCAUUGCCGAAGGAAGCCAGACAUUUCCAUUCAACCCUCAUCCCAUUGGUGUCAUUCGUCAUGGCGCUCCAAGCGAUCUCAUCGUAGUGUAAAAUCCUUCCAAUCAUGAAGAGAGUCACUGCCAUCUUGGUGUUUUUAAGUGUCACGAGUAUUUGGGGUGAAGCACCUUCAUCAUCAGUGGCCUCUUCGAAUACUAUUCAAGAUGGCGAGCUCUCAAAGGCCGAGGAAUCGGAGGCUCCAUUGGUGGUGUCGAAAUGUUGCCCCAUUGGAUCAGUCUUGAUUGAAUCCGCUUUGAGUGUGCGGACGUGCAAGAAUCGCUCGGAAGUCAGUGAAGACACAUCCAGACGUCCUCGAUGGAGUCCUGUGUUCUUUGACCUCCAAACUGAAACGGAGGUCGAGAGGCCAGCCUCGUAUUUGCUACAAACCGGGGUGCCAAAGUGUGCCAUAGAGAACGGAGAGACUUUGGCCCCCAUCUAUCAUCAUGAGCACACUUUUGAUGAUAUGAUGCUGCUGAUUAACGGAUCUUUGGUCCAUCAACUGUUUCAUAAGACAUCACUCUCACCCAGAUAUGUGUAUUCUCCAGACAAAUAUUGUUUGGAAGACAUGAUAAUUAGGCAUAAUGUCAGUGGAUCAAUUAGCAACGGAACCAUUGAAGACUCUCUGAUUGAAUUUGGCUACAUAUGCGUAAAAAAUGAGGAGAACCUUCAGAGCAUCGUGGAUGAUUUCAUCUAUCCAUGUGGUUUGGCAGUGUCCAUUUUGUGCCUGAUUCUCACAUUUCUGCUCUAUUCCUUUCUCCCUCAAUUGAGAGACCUUACUGGGAAGUUCAUCUUGGCCAUUUGUGCAUUCUUAUCCACUUGCUUGGCACUGAUUUUGGUCGAGCAUUUCGGAUGGAAGGACACCAAUGUCAACCGAUUUGUCACAGUGUUUCUCAAACAUCUCAGCGUGGUGGCCAUUUGGUUAGCCAUUUUGUGUAUGGGUCACCAUGUGUGGAAGAUUGUCAAGGCUAGAACGGUCUUCACCCGCGUUACAGAUGGAACGAAGCUCUUCUUCUACACCAUGUUUCUCAUAGUGAGCUUGGUGGUCAUCACACUCGUUGCUCUCACUUGUCACUACUUCAUGGAAAGAGGGCGGAAACUCGAUAACCAACCAAUUGGUUGGGCCACCUUCUUAGCGUUUUAUAUUCCCGCUUCAGUUCUUCUUCUGGUCAGCCUUUAUUACUACAGGACCUCUCAAAGAAGAAUCGUGAAGCAAAUUGCCUACAACAGAGGAAUGCAACACUUCCAAGUCAAUUUUGAUCUGUUCACUAAGUUUUUGCUGGUCAUUGGGAUUUGGUGGAUGUUUUUUCUACUUGCUCUCUUUGAAAUCGAGGCACUCGUCUACAUUUCGAAAGUCUUCAAUGUCAUCGAAGGACCUCUUAUUUUCUGCAUUGCAAUGUGCAGAACCAGAGUUGCCUUUUUGUUUAAAAGAUACUUUUGCUACGACUGGUGCUGUUUUGGAUGCUGCAAGAGUGAAGACUUUUUGGAUGGAGGGGAUUGCAAAGAGCUCUCGAUAAUCGACACGUUGCGAAAUCGAGACGAGAGCGAUGAGAAUUGCUUGCCUAGUACGUCGCUCUUGCCAUCUCCAUUCCCCUCGAGCAACAAUCGCGAAUUGAGCAAGUCCUUGUUCAAUGUUCGUCAUCAAGCUGGCGAGGUUCCGCCGCCAGCCGACCCAGAUAUGCCCGUGGGACGGGUUAAACGCCUACUAAAGUCUAAUAGUCUCACUGCCAUCGCCAAUAUCAAUUUUGGUUGGAGGAAAGAGACGUCCGUAUGAACCACGCUAUCAAGACGAUAUUUAACCCUUACGUACUUCAUUAUAUUCUCAUGAAUGGAUUUCUCAAUGAACAAAAUGGCUCUCAACAAAGAA